AAAAUCAAGCAUUUAACUGUAGAAACUCUGUAAAACACAAAAUGAAGCCCAAGAACUAUUUUUUGUUGCAGUUCAUAUUAUGGCCUGUAGGGUAAAAAGACAACAUUUCUGUGGUUCUUGGAGUCACGUGUCAAACCGUGUUGAUGUGUUUUCUCUCAGGUGAUGUACUUCAGCUCCCUGUUCCCCUACCUGGUGCUGAUCUGCUUCUUGAUCCGGUCUCUGCUCCUGAAAGGCUCCGUCGACGGGAUCCGACACAUGUUCACACCUAAGUUGGAGAUCAUGUUGGAGGCCAAAGUGUGGCGAGAAGCAGCCACUCAGGUCUUCUUCGCCCUGGGCCUGGGCUUCGGCGGCGUCAUCGCCUUCUCCAGUUACAACAAACGGGACAACAACUGUCACUUUGACGCCGUCCUGGUUUCCUUCAUCAACUUCUUCACCUCAGUUCUGGCCACGCUGGUGGUGUUCGCUGUGCUGGGCUUCAAGGCCAACAUCAUGAUCGACAAGUGUGUCCUACAGAACACUGGGAAGAUUGUGGCUCUGCUGGUCAACGGCACUCUGGAGCCGAGUCUGAUCCCUCACCACAUCAACCUGACUCAGGCGGGUCAGGUCACCGUGGACGACUACCACAAGAUGGUGGAAAUCAUCAGAGGGGUGAAGGAGGACGAGUACCAGGCUCUGGGACUGGAUCACUGCAGCAUCGAGAACGAGCUCAACAAGGCCGUCCAGGGCACAGGACUGGCCUUCAUCGCCUUCACCGAGGCCAUGACCCACUUCCCCGCCUCGCCCUUCUGGUCCGUCAUGUUCUUCCUCAUGUUGGUCAACCUGGGCCUCGGCAGCAUGUUUGGAACCAUGGAGGGAAUUCUCACUCCGCUCAUCGACACCUUCAAAGUCCGCAAGGAGUUUCUCACAGUGGGCUGCUGCCUGUUGACCUUCUCCAUCGGCCUGCUGUUCGUCCAGCGCUCAGGGAACUACUUCGUGGCCAUGUUUGACGACUACUCUGCGACGCUGCCCCUGCUGGUGGUGGUCAUUCUGGAGAACGUGGCCGUCGCCUGGGUCUACGGCAUCGACAAGUUCUUCGAGGACCUGAAGGACAUGCUGGGCUUCACUCCGUUCCGUUUCUACUACUACAUGUGGAAGUACGUCACGCCCAUCCUGCUGCUGCUGCUGCUGUGCUCCAGCGUGAUCCAGCUGUGCGUGACCCCGCCCUCGUACAACGCCUGGAUACAGGAGGAGGCCAAGGAGCAGAUGGUGCUCUACCCCUUGUGGGGAAUCGUGGUGUGCGUCUCCCUGAUCCUCAUGGCCGUCCUGCCCGUGCCCGUGGUCUUCGCCCUGCGCUACUUCAACGUCAUCGACGACAACACCAGCGGCUUGUCCUCCGUGUCCUACAAGAAGGGACACAUCAUCAAGGAGAUCGCUCGCCCCGGUGAGGACGACGACACCAGCCUGAUCCAGGGCAGGACCCCCAGCGAGGCGCCCUCACCCGUGCCCGGCAGCAUCUUCCGCAAACAGAGCGGCACCGGCGGCCGACCCGAGGCGGACAUCGCGCCGAACGGUCGUUACGGUAUCGGUUACCUGAUGGCAGACGUGCAGGAUAUGCCUGAGUCAGACUUAUAGACUGACC